AUGGACUUCCUCGCGCUGCCCACCGAGAUCCAGCAUCGCAUCAUCAGACUUCUCGAUAUGGAAGAUCUACUCAACGUUGCGCCAGCGAGCAAGCGGAUGUGGCAAGUUGUCGAGUGCGCCCCCGGAAAAUAUUGGGACGGCACCUUGCUAUGGGCAGAUGGCCGAGAGUAUGUCUACGGGAAAUACGGUGAUUACCUUGUGCGACUCAUGUACGAACCGACCCUCCGAAUGCUUUUCGCGAAUUCCACGGUGCAGGAGCUAUCGGUGACGCGAACUGAUGCGCCACCCUUCGAAAUAAAGGCCCAGCGGAUUAAGAUAUCCUCUAGAGUCGAGUACCGACUGCAAGUUUUGGUGAACCACCGGCCGGCCGGCACCAGGUAUCGAAAAGUGGUGAUUACCGACCUCACGCCGAACCCGUGGCUUAUCGAAUGGCUGAACGAAUAUGCGGAUGAGGUUCAAUGCACG